UAUUCUAAACUAAUCCUAAACUACUCCUUAGUGAAACUCCACCCGACGUUCUGGGCAUUGACCGUGUGCCGUCUUCAAGUACAUGAUACUUCGGGGCAUUCCCCGGUGAAUAAAUACAAAUACCUUGGGGUAUUCCCUUGGCCAAAUGACUACACUUUUUAAAUACGAUAAACAAAACAUUCAACAAAUAUUCCAAACAUUCCAACAAUACACCAAUUCUAAACUUGUCUACCCGAGCUUACUGUUUGCCUACCCGCUCGAUGACAUAUCACAUUCAACAUCAACAAUAUAUCAAAAAUAUCAUAAUAUUCACUUUUAUCAAUUUUCGAUUCCUAUCCCCAAAUUUGUUUCAACCAACAUAAUUAAAUAAGUCUCAAUUAAAUCAAUCAAUCAAACUGUGAUAAUUAAAAAAACUCAAACACACAAUCACAAAUUAACCAUCAAACUCAAACAUGAAUUACACAAAUCAAUGAUAUCACAGAUAAAAUGAAAAGAGAUAUAGUUGAAGAAUUUGGACCUCAAUUUUAUUUCAAAUGGGAUCUUUCGAGGGAAGCUGCUUCACGGUCUCGAUGAACCUCAAUAAUGAACCAAAUCCAACUUUGAUUUCUAUUUCCCCAAAUCGAACACAGGAAUCACAGAAUAACAAAAACCUGUACCAGAUUUAGAGCACAACGUCACGAUUUCAACUGCAGCGCCCUAAUACAACCCGAAAUAUCCAAUUCCGGCCAAGAACUCGCCGGAAUUAGCGACCACAGUGGCGGCAAAAUAAGUGGGUCACGUUUUUGGUGGAUUUUUGAGCGGUUUGAUGCAUUUCCGCUGAGGAGCAGGUGUUUCUGAUGGGUUUGAACGGAUUUAGAGAGGAGGUAGCCGGAUUACAAGAUGAGAUGAUGAUUCCGGCGAGAACGUCGCCGGAAUAUUCAACCGGAGCUGCCUUUUAUCUUUUCUUCCCCCUCCGUUUCCUCAGUCUCUCUCGUCUCUCUUAAUUCUUCACUAUCGUCUCGAUCUCUCCCACUCUCAAUGUUUUCUUCUCCAAUUCCGAUCAAUUUUGUCUCAAUCUCCCUUCACUCUCUUAAUCUCCGAUGGUGUGUGAGUGUGUAGUGAAAAUCGAACGCAGUGGAGGAUUGUGUGUGUUCAGGGUUGAAAUCCCAGUGACUGCGUGCAUAUUCCCUAAUUUGUGCGAGUGAGUGUGGGUGAAUUCCUUUGAGAAUCUGGUGAAAUCCCUCUUUCGUGUCUGACCAGUGUAUGUAAAUUUUUUUUGAUGGUCAUUUGUUUAUCUUUGUGUAUGAACUGUGUGUGUGCCUUUUCAUGGAGAAAUGGAGUCGAUCAUCCUCUCCUCCCUUGAACUCUAUCGUGUGUGUGCGUAUGGUGAGGUUUUGGUGUGUGUCUAUGGAAAUUUCCCUGUGUGUGAGAUGGUGAGUGAAGAAGAAACGAAGAAAAAUGGGGGUCUGUCUGUAUGUUCCCCAAAAUGAAAAAAAAUGGUCCCCCUUUAUGGUGUGAUCUCUGUAUGUUUUUUGUUGUUUUCUUCUCCAAGGGAUAAAAAAUGUGAGUGGGUAGGGAGGUGGAAGCCUUUGAUUGGGUAGGUUGUUAGGAUAAGAUAAAAUUAGUUGGGUUGUUAUUUUUUAUUAUUUUGUGGAGGGAAAAUUACAUGGGUGAGGGUGGUGAGCUAAAAAAUGGAUAAAAUUGGACUUGGAAGGGGUAAAAUUAGGUGUCUACAUCAUAAACUGCCUCUUUAACCCCCAAAGGUAGGGGUAAGGUCUGCGUACACCCCAGCCUUCCUAGAUCCCACUUGUGGGUUCACACUGAGAUUGUUGUUGUUGGGUUAUAGAACAGCUAAGUAUUCAGUCUUCCUAUUAAUAAUUAGUUUAACGUUCCUGCAGCUCACCUGUGUUCUUAAAUGCACUUUACAGUAACUUGAGAUAUGGGAAAGAGGAAGGCAAAAUCAAAGCCACCUCCAAAGAAGAGGAUGGACAAACUUGAUGCUGUUUUCAGCUGCCCUUUCUGUAGCCAUGGCACCAGUGUGGAAUGUCGCAUUGAUAUGAAAAACUUGAUUGGGGAGGCAAAUUGCAGGAUCUGCCAAGAGAGCUUCAGCACCACUGUCACUGCUCUAACAGAGCCUAUUGAUAUAUACAGUGAAUGGAUCGACGAGUGUGAACGAGUCAACAACUAUGAAGAAGAAGAUGUUUCUUAUAGAUCCUAAUGAACUGCUUCAGGACAGUGCAGACUGUUGAGUAGCCAGAAAUAAAUUAAAAGCUGCCUUAAGCUGUGACUUCAUUUUUUUGGCGAUAAUUCCGUCUCACUGCCUCAGAAGAACCUAAACUUAUCCAUACCUCUUUGGAGUCCCUAUAAGUAACUCCAUUCAAGAGAGCCUUCUAUGUUCAUAUAGUUUUGAAAUAGAUGCAAAAAAAAAACUAUCUUGUUUAUAUUCUGCUUGUGCAAGUAUAACGGUUUCAAUGAAAUUUGGCUUAUCGAUGAA